AUGGACAGUCGAACAAUUGGCGGCGGCCAACUUGGGCGAAUGCUUGUCGAAGCUGCUAAUCGACUGAAUAUCAAAACUAUCAUCCUUGAUGCUCCUUUCUCGCCGGCGAAGCAAAUCAAUUCGCUUCAACAUAUUGACGGGUCAUUCUCAGAUCCGUCAGCAAUUAAAACGCUUUCCUCGAAAUGUCACAUCCUUACUACUGAAAUUGAACAUGUUGAUACCCAAAUACUUGGAGAGAUAGAAAAGGAAGGAAAAGUCGAGGUUCAUCCUUCGAGCGAAACGAUUAAAAUCAUUCAAGACAAAUUCACUCAAAAAGAACAUCUCACCUCAAAAGGGUUGCCGACAACCCAAUCAAUACCAGUGCAAAGGAGUCGACAUGAAAUACUGACCGCUGGUGAACAAUUGGGAUAUCCCUGUAUGCUGAAGUCGCGAACUUUGUCAUAUGAUGGUCGUGGAAACUUUGUCGUAUCGUCGGCGGAAUCGGUCACCGAGAUUAUAAAGACGCUCCCAGAUCAACCUCUUUAUGUUGAAAAAUGGGCAGAGUUUGAGAAGGAACUUGCCGUCGUAGUCAUUCGUACAACGCAAGGAAACAUAAUCUCUUAUCCUACCGUCGAGACAAUCCACCAAAGCAACAUUUGCCACCUGGUCUACGCGCCUGCUCGCGUGAUGGAAUCAGUCCAAGCGAAAGCUAGAAUCAUCGCAGAGAAAGCUAUCUCUACAUUUAAUGGAGCCGGAGUAUUUGGAGUCGAAAUGUUUCUGAUGAAGUCGGGAGACAUUCUGAUCAACGAAAUUGCCCCUCGGCCGCACAAUUCAGGUCAUUACACGAUUGAAGCCUGCAAUACUUCACAGUACGAGGCUCAUAUUCGAGCUAUAACCGGUCUUCCGCUUCCCAAACUUUGUACUGCCAUGAAGACUACUUCAAUCAUGUUGAAUAUUUUGGGCGGAGAAACACCUGAUGAGCAUCAUCAAAUCUGUAGGAAAGCUCUAGAGACGCCAGGUGCUACAGUACAUCUCUACGGAAAAUUAGAGUCGAGAAAAUCGCGCAAGAUGGGACAUGUUACGAUUGUUGGAUCUAGUAUGUCAGAGUGUGAUUAUCGACUCGCCAAUAUUCUUACUUCGAAUGCCGACUCAAUGACCAAUCCUUCUUCUUUGACCUUGUCAUUGCCAGUUGUUUCAAUCAUUAUGGGGUCAGAUUCUGAUUUACCACGAAUGCGAAAUGCCGCAAAUAUAUUAUCAGAAUUUGGCAUACCAUUUGAGAUCACGAUUGUGUCUGCACAUCGGACACCUGAUCGAAUGUUCCGAUAUGCCCGAGAAGCGGCUGGACGUGGAAUUAAAGUGAUCAUCGCAGGAGCUGGUGGUGCUGCUCAUUUGCCAGGAAUGGUUGCUGCGUUGACUACAUUGCCAGUUAUAGGGGUUCCUGUAGAAUUAAAGACUCUUGGUGGAGUAGAUUCACUCCAUUCCAUUGUGCAAAUGCCUAGAGGGGUGCCGGUUGCGACUGUUGCCAUUAACAAUAGCACGAAUGCUGCUCUUUUGGCGAUCAGAAUGCUAGGAAUCACAGAAAAGUCAAUACGAAGAAGAUUGUGUGAGUUCGCUCUUGAAAAAGAAGAUGAAGUCUUGAAAAAGGCGGAGGCUUUUGAACAAGGAAAAUGGCAAAUGUGA